AUGGAUUUUAUCCUGGUGGUUUUUCUGUUCUUCACCUUCUUAAGUUUGGUUGAUAACAGCUGGGUUAUUUUCAUCAUCGUAAGAAAGAGAAGAUUACGGACAACAGCCAACUGGUUCAUUCUUUCGUUGGCGGCGGCUGAUCUGGGUGUUACUUGCGCAUUUUCGCCUUACAUGAUCUGCGAAGUGAUUUUGGAUACGUGCAAGGAAGGAAUAGGCGUGAUUUUCGCCUUUUCCUUCGUGAACGUCUCCGCCAUGGGGUUGAUCGCCAUGGUUGCGGAACGCUAUGUUGCCAUCGUGCAUUCGCUGAAAUACGUCCGUGUCUUCACAACCACCAGAAGAACAUUCUUUAUUAUUGGGGCCUGUUGGGGAUUUCCAUUUCUAUUCCCCGUUUUGCAACUCGCCAUGUAUCUUGCCGGCGGGGUAAGACAUUCGGUUUUAAAAUUCCCUUUAUUAGGAGUUAUUUACAUUUUUCUUUUUGUAGUGUUACCAACAGUACUUCUCUUGACAGCACAUUUUCAUAUCCUCUUAAUUGCUCGCAAACUCUCUCUGCAAAUGAGAGCUCUCAUGAAACAAGUUAGAUUUAACAUAACUGCAAACUCUUUAAAAAUAAGAGAAAUUAGAAACGUGGGACUAAAAGCAUCCACAGUGCGGUUGAUUACUGUACUUGUUGCUAUUUUUACCGCUUGUUAUGGAGUAAAUUUUCACAUCCUGAUCUGCCAAGCUCUCAAAAUUUGUCAUGUGUCCCAACAUACACUGGUGAUAAAUAGGUUGCUUCUAUUAGCCAAUUCUACGUUGAAUCCUCUUGUGUACGCGUUCCUCAAAGAAGAUAUCAAGAGAGAAUCAAAAGCUUUUCUUUGCCGCAAGAGGCACUGA